GAUUUUGAACAUACUCCUGUUUGCUUGUCACAGGUAAUCUUGCAUUUCUAUGCAGUUGUAGUUUACAGGGAGCAAGUGCAGGCAGCAACCAGUCCAUCCCUGUUGUGAAUGUGGAGACCUCUCUGGACUCACAAUUAAAGGCUACAUAAUACAUUCCACUACAAGUGACGAAACCUAGCUCCCAGAAUAACAAGCAAGACAACUUUCAAAGUGACUGUUGUUGACCAGUGCCUUCUGUGCAUUUAUGUGGUAAGCUUAUGGUAGAUUUUUCAAAAGGAUAGUAUAAAUUAUUUUGAAUUAUUCUCGAGAAGGACUGAGUCUCCCCAAAGGUGAUGCAGGUUCCAUAGUGUACACAUCAAGAGGGUGGUUGCAUGCAUUCCUCAAGUCUGUAUGACUCUGCCAAGAUACUGUGAAGUUGUCCUUCCGAUUGCAUACGGGGAGAAAAUGCUGAAACUAGUGGCCACGGAUGUCUUUAAUUCCAAAAACCUGGCCGUUCAGGCACAAAAGAAGAUCUUGGGUAAAAUGGUGUCCAAAUCCAUUGCCACCACCUUAAUAGACGACACGAGUAGUGAGGUGCUGGAUGAGCUCUACAGAGUGACCAGGGAGUACACCCAAAGCAAGAAGGAGGCAGAGAAGAUCAUCAAGAACCUCAUCAAGACAGUCAUCAAGCUGGCCAUUCUUUAUAGGAAUAAUCAGUUUAAUCAAGAUGAGCUAGCAUUGAUGGAGAAAUUUAAGAAGAAAGUUCAUCAACUUGCUAUGACCGUGGUCAGUUUCCAUCAGGUGGAUUAUACCUUUGACCGGAAUGUGUUAUCCAGGCUGUUAAAUGAAUGCAGAGAGAUGCUGCACCAAAUCAUUCAGCGUCACCUCACUGCCAAGUCACAUGGACGGGUUAAUAAUGUCUUUGAUCAUUUUUCAGAUUGUGAAUUUUUGGCUGCCUUGUAUAAUCCUUUUGGGAAUUUUAAACCCCACUUACAAAAACUAUGUGAUGGUAUCAACAAAAUGUUGGAUGAAGAAAACAUAUGAGCACAUGAGUUAAGAUUGUGACUGAUCAUGAUUUAUUUGAAGAUGGAGCACUGCUGAUUUAUGAAGGAAAAAAGAAGAAUUUUCUAAAGAUUACACAUAUUUCAGAAAGACUUUGCCGAAAUCAAUUGUCAGACGUAAUGAUUUAUUUGAAGGCUUGUUUUAUUUGAAGAAAAGCAUAUUGCCAAAAAUUCUGGUUAAAAGCUUCCUAACGGGUAACAGACCAUGGGAGGGAUAUGUGGUUGGGUAAUGCAAAUGCAGUUAUACAAAGAAAAAUACAGAUGUCUCCAGAACUGAGGACUUUUUAAUAGGGCAUUUGUUGUGUUGGUGGCACAUUGGAUAUUUCUAACAUGUACAAACCUAUGUAUUUUGAUUUACUUUCAUUUAUUGCUAUGUGUAUGUACUUUUCUUAAAAUGCGAAGAACUUUCUCUUGCUAUCAUUGCUCUUUUUGAAACAAUUCAGUUUUCAUGUCUACAGCUGACUGUUUUGUUAAAGAUUGAGUCAUUGACAUUCAGGAUUUAAGUCUGAUGUAGUCAACCCUUGGGGAAAAAAAAACGGCUUAUCUGAAAUCAGUAGUGUGGAAAUGAACUAUAUUAGCUAUUAUGAAUAAUGUCCAAUAUAAGAAUAUGCUUCUGGAAUUGAGUUCUUUUAAGUACCAAUGAUACUUAAAUUUUUCAGAAAUGUAAUGGUGUGUCAUUGCCUUGAAAUGCUUGCUUAGGGCUUCUUUUAUGUUAUCUUAAAAUGUGCUGGUGAAUUUUCCAUUUUUUACAUCCAUUUCACAUGUAAGAGACAAAAAAAUCUAGGUCUUGAUAUUGAGAUAAUAAAAAGUAAGUAGCAUUAAGAAAGGCAACAAUCUUCAUUUUUACAGAUGAACUCACUGAAACAAUUUAGGGGAAUGAGGGGCAAAAGUGGAGAAAUGAUAUUGCUAAAGAACAUGAGCAUAAAAAUGAGUGCAUUUCAGUGUUUAAGAAGGUUUGAUAAAGAAUGUCACUUUUUUAUUUAACUGAUAAGAUUUUUGUUAUUUUUUACUUUGAUGAGUAAACAAAAAAAAUUUGCAUUUCAAGCAGUUUGUGUGGUAUUUCUAUAUAAUUUUCUGUGUGUAAAUAAUAAAGUGGGCAUUUGUUUAUUUUGUAAAAAAGAAUGAAAAUCUGCUGGCCAGCUAUGUCCUCUAGGAAAUGAAAUGACAGACCCAGCCACCAGCAAUAAAUAUUUCCAUUGUCACUGUG